GGUAAUACAGACUAGACGUGGGAGCUCGUAUGAUGUACCGUGCGGAAUACAGUGAUUUCGUAUAAGCAACACGGACCGCGUCAUCUCGCUUGGCGCCGGCCAAAGACGGGAGAGGCGGCAUUGAGCCUCAACCCCGGCCAAACCAGAGAAUUUUCUCAAGUAUUGUCUGUCGACCAGGACAACACACUACAAAGGUGCCUUGGAUGGAGAUUCAAGUGGGCUAAGCACCGAACAAAAAGACCUCCUGCCCCUCCCAUUGACCCAUUGCCCCAAGCCAAACGGGCGAGGACCUGCCUGAUUGCGACCGAGAAGGGGGGGCAGUGCCGCCAAAUUCCAAAAUGUCUUCCUCGUCGUCGUGGUCAAGGGGCCUGAUGCGGCAGCUGGCACAGCGCCAGUGGAGCUUCAGCGGCUUGCCCAUUCCGCGAUGUGAGGCGAGGCUGGCCAGCGGCGUUUUGGCUGCAGCCGCGGUUGCAGCAUCGUCGAGGGCGAGUAUCAUCAACAACAUCAACACCAGCUUCAACAGAGGAUUUGCGACAUCAUCCACCGCACGAAGCGUCUCGGUAUCAUUGGCCGAGACCCGGCGCCUUGACGUGACGAAGCCGAUCAGGAGGAUCGGUGCUCGGAGCAUCGACAGCUUCCUCCCCCGCAUUCCCCGCCGCUUCUGCUCCCACCAGGCCAGACUUGCCCGCAACCUCACCAUGGAUGACCGCGACGUCCUCCCAGGCAAUGUCAAGCCAAUCAACUACCUGCUGUCCCUGAAGGAUCUCGAGUUCAAGAACUGGACCUAUCAGGGUACCGUCACCAUCAACUCGGAAAUCGUCUCACCCACCAAGGAACUUGUCAUCAACGCCCUCGAACUCAAGCUCUUCAACGCCAAGGUUACCGUCGACUCCAAGACCCUCGAAUCCACCGCCAUCAGCUACGAUGAGAAGGCUCAGCGUGCCACCAUCGUCUUCGACGAGGAAUUGCCGGCUGCCAGCAAGGCUGCCGUCAUAAUUACCUUCGAGGGUGUCAUGAACAACGAGAUGGCCGGUUUCUACCGCAGCAAGUACAAGCCCACCGAGACCCCUGCCGCUUCCGUUCCCCGCGACGACGAAUGGCAUUACAUGCUCAGCACCCAGUUCGAGGCGUGCGAUGCUCGCCGUGCGUUCCCCUGCUUCGAUGAGCCCAACCUGAAGGCCACCUUCGACCUUGAGGUUGAGAUUCCCAACGAUCAGGUCGCCCUCAGCAACAUGCCCGUCAAGGAGUCUCGUCCUUCCAAGGAUGGCUGGCAAGUCGUCUCCUUCGACACCUCUCCCAUCAUGAGCACUUACUUGCUCGCCUGGGCCAUUGGUGACUUUGAGUACAUUGAGGCCUUCACCGACCGCAAGUACAACGGAAAGCAGAUCCCUGUCCGUGUCUACACCACUCGUGGCCUCAAGGAGCAGGGACAGUGGGCUCUUCAGCACGCCCCCAAGAUCAUUGACUUCUUCUCCGAAAUCUUCGACAUCGACUACCCUCUCCCCAAGUCCGAUCUUAUUGCUGUCCACGAGUUCACCCACGGAGCUAUGGAGAACUGGGGUCUCGUCACCUACCGCACCACCCAGGUCCUUUACGAUGACAAGACCUCUGACCCUCGAUUCAAGAACUCCGUUGCCUAUGUCGUCGCCCACGAGCUUGCUCACCAGUGGUUCGGUAACCUCGUCACCAUGGACUGGUGGGAUGAGCUCUGGCUCAACGAGGGCUUCGCCACCUGGGUCGGUUGGCACGCUGUUGACCACCUCCACCCCGACUGGCAGGUCUGGUCCCAGUUCGUCAACGAGGGUAUGGAGGCCGCCUUCCGCCUUGACGGCAUUCGGGCCAGCCACCCCAUCCAUGUCCCCGUCCGUGAUGCUCUCGAUGUCAACCAGAUCUUCGACUCAAUCAGCUACCUCAAGGGUUGCUCAGCCAUCCGCAUGCUUGCCAACCACCUUGGCGUCGAGACCUUCCUCAAGGGUGUCUCCAGCUACCUCAAGGCUCACGCCUAUGGAAACGCCAAGACCACUGCUCUGUGGCACGCUCUUAGCGAGGCUUCGGGCAAGGACAUUAACGAGCUCAUGCACCCCUGGAUCUCCAAGAUCGGCCACCCCGUUGUGACCGUUUCUGAGAAGCCCGGCCAGAUCUCCAUCAAGCAGUCUCGAUUCCUGUCGACAGGUGAUGUUAAGCCUGAGGAUGACACCACCACCUGGUGGGUGCCGCUCGGCCUGGAGGGCAAGAAGGGCGAGGCUGGUAUUUCCUCCGUGUCCCUAACCAGCAAGGAGGACACCAUUGAGGGCAUCGACGACGAUUUCUACAAGCUCAACAGCGGCGCCACCGGCUUCUACCGUGUCAACUAUCCUCCCGAGCGACUUGCUAAGCUGAGCAAGCAGCUUGACAAGCUUACCACCGAGGACAAGAUCGCCAUCAUUGGUUCUACUGCCGACCUCGCCUUUGCCGGCAACGGUACUACCCCUGCUUUGCUCACCUUCCUGCAGGGCUUCGGCAAGGAGACUCACACCCUGAUCUGGCGCCAGGUUCUUGACACUAUUGGUCUGGUCAAGUCCGUUUUCGGCGAGGACGAGACCAUCAAGAAGGGUCUGGACCAGUUCACCCUCAAACUCAUCAACGAGAAGGUCAAGGAAGUUGGCUGGGAGUUCCCUGAGAAUGAGGACUACCUUACCGGCAUCCUCCGAAAGGAGCUAAUUGGCACUGCUGUGGCCUGCGGACACCCUGAGGUCGUCGAGGAGGCCUUUAAACGAUUCAAUGCUUGGGUUGAGGAUCCCGAGGCCAACCCAAUCAACCCUUCCCUGCGUGUCGCUGUCUGGCGCGCCGGUAUUAACAAGGAACCUGCGCGCACGGUAGAGAUCCUCAAGAAGGAGUGGUUUAACACCAAGUCCGUCGACGGCAAGCUCUUCUCCCUGAGCGUCCUCGGUACGGUUAAGGAUGCUGAGCUCCUCACGAAGGAGAUCAUCCCAUUCUGCUUCAACGAGUCUCCCCCGUCCAACUCCGUCCCCAGCGGCGAUAUGCACGUUCUCGGUGGCUCCGUGUCCGUCAACGUCAUCGGUCGCCCUCUCCAGUGGGAGUUCAUGAAGGCCAACUGGGAUGCCGUCAUUGCCAAGCUCGGCAACCCCGUCGUUGUGGACCGCUACAUCAACAUCAGUCUCAGCCGCUUUGCCGACGUCGCUGUUGUUACCGAUAUCGAGGAGUUCAUGAAGGACAAGGACACCAAGGCCUUUGACCGCACCCUUGGCACGGUCAAGGAUAAGAUCCGCGGCCGGGCUGCCUACCGCGAGCGUGACUCUGCAGCCCUUAAGGAGUGGCUGGGAGCUAACGAAUACUUGUGACUCUGUAAAUUAUAAAGUGGAGGGGAUUUAGCGAAAAGUGUAGUUAGAUAUGAUAUUGCGUAAUUCUACCCAAACAGUUGGAUGAGUGUAGCAACAAUGAGAAGAACAAGUGAAAUUA